AUGGCUAACACUUCCGGCUAUGUAAACCUACUAACUAGUCAAAUCCCCAUUGACCUUGAAUCACCCGAAGCUAAUUGGUUCGGUAGCCAAGUUACCGAUGAGUCUGGUGUGAAGGAGAGGAGGAAAUGGUCUACCACAGAGGAUAAAAUCCUUAUUGGUGCAUGGCUUAACACCAGUAAGGACCCUGUGGUGAGCACUGAACAGAAAGCUGAUGCUUUCUGGAACCGUAUCAUUGACUACUACAACGCAAGCCCUCUCCUGGUGGGUACUAUACCGAUGAAGCUUCGUCCUUGCAAGCAAAGAUGGGCUCGGAUAAACGAGCAAGUAUCCAAGUUUGCUGGAUGCUAUGAUGGGGCUUUGAGAGAGCAGAGAAGUGGGCAAAAUGAUGAUGAUAUCAUGAAAGCGGCUUUAGACAUUUUCUUCAUUAAUAACGGCUACAAGUUCGCCCUGGAUCACUGCUGGAGGGAGCUGAGGCAUGAUCAGAAAUGGUGCUAG